UUGGGCACCGUUGUACCGCUCUAACAUUUUCGCGACAUGCUUCGACCUGCCGUCGCCUGGGGUGAAGCCUUGCAUCUGUCCUUCCACCACACCUGCUGCUUGUGACCAGCUCGAGUGUAACCUGCAAGUACGACCUCCAAAUUCAAGCCCAGCUUGACAACGCGGGCGGAUGGGCAACAGGCCAUUUCCAGCUCGUCUGGCAGCAUUGCGACUCCGAGUUGCUAGCUUACGCCUGCGUCUCUCACAACUCCCAGAAGCCGCUGUCUGGGGCUCAUCGACACGUCAGCCGCGUGCCCCAGCCCUCUUCGCCGAAUUUCUCACAAGCCUAGUCAUCCCCGCACGCAAGUUCAAUUGUACAUUUGGACGUCUUUGAUCUGCAAAGCGGGUGUACAUCAAGCUUUGAGCUCACAUACCCCAACGACCCCGCCCUUCCGGCGCUUCGCCAGAUUCCUGUUGCUGGAGCGCCGCUUCCUACUCGCCUCGCCGUUGGCUUUCCGCGCUUUGCACACCACUGUACAACGCUCGAUCUUCCUUACGAAGUUUCACUCAUGGUCGACGACUUGACUCGCAUCGAAGCAGAUACGCGCUCCACUGUACAAAACGUUCAGUCCACGCUCGUGGCCUGCGCAGGAGCGAAUGCAGGAUCAGGAAGACCAAGCGCCAACCAGGCUGUCCCAGGCGACUUCAUCGAAUAACGACUGUUCGCCGGCUGCGGCCGGCUCGAUGGUCCUUGACUGCCAGCCAGUCAGACUUUUGUUGACCCUUAUUAUUCGUCCGAGGUCGUAUCCACCUCGCCGUUCACGAGCAUCUCAGCAUGAACAAGCCAACAAAAAUUUCACAGUCAACGCCAGUGCCUCACCUUCAAGCCGAAAGUACGAAGCGACCACUUCUGCCGCCAAUCUUACCUCGAGCAGAUGAAGCCGAAGCACCCUCUGCAAUGCUCGCCCCUAGCCAACGUGCUCCGGGCACCGUCUUCGGGAGUUCCGGCCUUCCGCCCGAUGCUUGGAGGCGGUCUGUUGAGGAGGAGAAGCGCCGUCAGCACCGCAAGUCGCUACUCGCACAUCAGCCAAAAGUUGAAACGGAUUGGCAUACACGAAGCAUGUCCCAGACACCCAUGACACUUCAAGCCCUGCUGACUACAGAUCUGUCAUCAAAAAGAGAACGUGAAUCCACGAAUCUGACAAGUAGCCCACGCCCUCUCGACCAUGGUCCACCGAUGGCACCUCCGCGUCCCUCGACGGCGCGCGUGAUGCCACGGCCCAGCGGACUUCCAGCACACGGCCUGUCGACUACAUCGACAUCGUGGAACAGUCAGUUUCGAGGGACUUCACAGGAGUCACGAACACUAGCACCGCAGAAAGCUUCUGCUCCUUCUGGAGAAAGCUCCGGGUCG